AUGGGACAAACAAAAUCGUCUAUUGAUGAUUCAGAGCAUAAUAUCAAUUCUUCCUUUCCUGCCCAACAAUUUAAGCCUGACAAAUGUAGGAAUUCCACACUUGAUGAUACGAAAAAAGAUAGGUCUACAGAAAACACUCGAUAUGUGAAACCUUCAUGGGAAAAAGAAAUGGCUGCAGCUCUACCUAAAUUUUCAAGCAAUAUUAAUCAAAAUAUAUAUAUUGCUCAAUCCACAACACUCAGAUACAAAGAUGAGUGUGAAUAUGAUUAUGAAAAUGAGUAUGAAAAUGAGUAUGAAAAUGAGUAUGAAAAUGAGUAUGAAGAUGAGAACAAGGUAUUCGGUUAUUGGGAAUGUGCUGAAUGUAAAGAAGCAGAGGAUUCUUAUGAAUCUCAAGGAAAUUAUGGUAUAAAAUAUAACAAUCUAGAUCCUUACCAUCUAGUCUGUUAUGACCAAAAAGUUCUUCAAGAAUGUUUAAAGAAAACUCCAGAAGGACUGUAUAACUAUUUUAAGAAACCUUGCAAAAAUUGCUCUAAACCUCUUUUUAUCACGAGUUUUCGCAUGUUCUCUGUAUCGCAAUUAAUGAACUUAAAAGAAGUACUUAUUAAUGAAGUACCUAUUAAUGAAGUUAUUGUCCAUCUACAAUGGAAUAAAUAUUAUCGAGUCUUUGGUGAAUGGAAAUGCUCUAAUUGUGGAAAGCGUUGGGAAAGUGCUUAUGUUUGGAUAUCAUUACAGAAGUUUAUUGAAUUAAAUCAAAAGCUGGGUUUUGAUGAUUAUUGUAUGCAAGAAUGUAAAAAGUGCAAAGGAAAAAAUCUUGGUAAUAAGAGUAUCAUCUUAUUAUACAAACCUUUAGAUAAGGGAGAAGGCAACGUACAUAAGAGGCACUUAUGUGCAAAAUGUAUGAGUGGUGAUUAUUGUAUUCAUUCGGGUGACUACUUGGGCAAAAAGAGAGAACAAUGA